CGCCAGCACCCAAGCCCAGGAAAGCAGAAUUGUCGGAAUCAGAAGAAGACAAAGGAGGCAAAAUGGCUGCAGCAGAUUCUGUCCAACAGAGGCGCCAGUACAGGAGGCAAAAUCAACAGUCUUCAUCUGAUUCUGGUUCUUCAUCUUCCUCAGAAGAGGAGAGGCCCAAGAGGUCGAACGUGAAGAACGGGGAGGUGGGCAGGCGCCACCGGCACUCGCACUCGCGCAGCCCCUCGCCCCGCAAGCGCCAGAAGGAUUCCUCCCCUCGCAGGAGGAGGAGGAGCCCCUCGCCGCCCCCCGCGCGCCGGCGCCGCUCCCCGUCCCCGGCGCCCCCGCCCCGGCGCCGCCGCUCCCCGUCCCCGCCGCGCCGAAGGUCUCCAUCACCACCCCCGCGCAGACGUUCUCCCUCUCCACGGAGAUACUCCCCCCCGAUCCAGAGGCGAUAUUCCCCAUCUCCCCCUCCCAAGAGGAGAACAGCUUCUCCUCCUCCCCCUCCCAAAAGAAGGGCCUCCCCUUCCCCCCAGUCCAAGCGCAGAGUCUCCCACUCCCCACCGCCAAAACAGAGGAGCUCCCCUACUGCGAAGCGGCGCUCCCCUUCCGUAUCUUCCAAGCACAGGAAGGGGUCUCCUCCCAGCAGAUCCAACAGGGAAACACGUUCACCACCACAAAACAAAAGGCAUUCACCUUCACCACGGCCUCGAGCUUCCCACCCCUCCUCCAGCCCUCCGCCGCCGCGCCGGGGAGCGUCGGCGUCGCCGCAGAGGAGACAGUCACCCUCACCCAGCAGCAGGCCCAUCAGGAGGGUGUCCAGAACGCCAGAGCCCAAGAAAACAAAGGCUUCCACCCCCAGCCCCCGGCGCGUGUCCUCGUCCCGCUCUGCGUCAGGGUCACCUGAGACAGCUCCCAAAAAACACCAAGGACCUGCAUCUCCUGCCCGCUCUCGCUCUCCUUCUGCAAACUGGUCACCUGCAAAAAAGGCCAAGAGCCCAACUCAGAGCCCAUCACCUGCUAGGAAUUCAGAUCAAGAAGGUGGUGGCAAGAAGAAGAAGAAAAAGAAGGAUAAGAAGCAUAAAAAGGAUAAAAAGCACAAGAAACACAAAAAGCAUAAGAAGGAGAAGGCAGCAGCAGCUGCAGUAGCUGCUGCUGUGGCUCCAGCAGACACCACCUCAGCCCAGGGAGAGCAGGAAGCAGAGACAGAACCCAAAAAGGAGACAGAAAGUGAACCCGAGGACAACCUGGAUGACCUCGAAAAGCACCUGCGGGAGAAGGCCCUGAGGUCCAUGAGGAAGGCGCAGGUGUCCCCCCCCUCCUAGGCCAACCCUUUGAUAUAAUGUACAUUUUAUUUGGUUUGUACUCAGAAUUCAAUUUCAAAUUGCUAAAUGUGUUUGAGCUUUAGAAUAUAACAUUUGUUGUAAUAAUUGCUAGGUUGAGGUUCACCAUGUACAAAGGGCAUGGAUUUACAUUACAAAAGGUGUCCACAGUGUACUAGUGACAUUCUUUCAUUGACAGCAUAAUUUCAUUUAGAGUGAGACUUUUUAGAAGCAGUAGGAAUUUGUUUUGGAGGUUUGAAACAUGACCGUCAGUUCCCUCGUUUCUUUGAAAUCCAGCAGGGCCUUGAGCAGAAUUUGUGAGGGGCUCAUUUGACUUCUUUUGUAUCACUUACAUGAUGCUACUAACCUUUGUGGUUUGUAGGCUUGCCCAGGAGUAAAACCACUGCAGAAUUCAAGGAAGUACAUCUCUAUUUUAAUGCUUUCUACUGUUGCCUGUAUAGUCUCCAUUAAAGCCAAUCAAGAAUAGCAAUUUAGAGUGGUACAUAAAUGAAAGCAUGUUGUUUACCAGGACACUGUGGGUUUAUAUUGAUGUAACAUGUUGAUUUGGAACACUGGAAUUUCAUUUGUAUUUUUAUGUUCUUUUUUUAAAGGGCAGUUUCCAUGAUCAGCAGACCCAGAAAAAAAAAAAAAUAAUUCCUUCAGUUCCAUAAAUUUUGUUUGUGAGCUGUCGUUGCCCCAUUCAUAAAUCUUGUCUCGUUACGGUUCUUCGGAAUGGUCUGAGCAACUUUCAGAGCUGUGUUCUUUGAAAGUUUAGAGGAACCUGAACUUUGGAUAUUGUCAUGUUUUCACUGUUCUUUGUUUUUGUUUUUUUAACUAAAGCUAUAUAAAGCUUGUGGAUUAAACAAAAUAAAUUUCUAAAUUUAAA